CAGGGUGGCUGGGAAUAAAUGCCCAGCUUGAGAGAGGGUGAGCUGACACUGUCCCAGCUGCUACCUAGACUCUCGGAGCUCACCCCAAGCCCCCAACCAAGACUUCCAGCCAUGGCCAUGCAGAAAAUCUUUGCCCGGGAAAUCCUGGACUCCAGGGGCAACCCCACAGUGGAGGUGGACCUAUACACAGCCAAGGGACGAUUCCGAGCAGCUGUGCCCAGUGGAGCUUCUACAGGUAUCUAUGAAGCUCUGGAACUAAGAGAUGGAGACAAAUCUCGAUACCUGGGCAAAGGUGUCCUGAAGGCUGUGGAACACAUCAACAAGACUCUGGGUCCUGCUCUGCUGGAAAAGAAACUAAGCGUUGUGGAUCAAGAAAAAGUUGACAAAUUUAUGAUUGAGCUGGAUGGGACUGAGAAUAAAUCCAAGUUUGGGGCCAAUGCCAUCCUGGGAGUGUCCCUGGCCGUGUGCAAGGCUGGAGCAGCUGAGAAGGGGGUCCCACUCUACCGACACAUUGCAGAUCUUGCUGGGAACCCAGACCUGGUCCUCCCAGUCCCUGCCUUCAAUGUGAUCAACGGGGGCUCCCAUGCUGGAAACAAGCUGGCCAUGCAGGAGUUCAUGAUUCUGCCGGUGGGAGCCAGCUCCUUCAAGGAAGCCAUGCGCAUUGGCGCCGAGGUCUACCACCACCUCAAGGGGGUCAUCAAGGCCAAGUAUGGGAAGGACGCCACCAAUGUGGGUGAUGAGGGCGGCUUUGCACCUAACAUCCUGGAGAACAAUGAGGCCCUGGAGCUGCUGAAGACAGCCAUCCAGGCAGCCGGCUACCCAGACAAAGUGGUGAUUGGUAUGGAUGUGGCAGCAUCUGAGUUCUAUCGAAAUGGGAAGUAUGAUCUUGACUUCAAGUCACCCGAUGACCCCUCACGGCACAUCACUGGGGAGAAGCUGGGCGAGCUGUACAAGAGCUUCAUAAAGAACUAUCCUGUGGUCUCCAUCGAAGACCCCUUUGACCAAGAUGAUUGGGCCACUUGGACCUCAUUCCUCUCGGGUGUGGACAUCCAGAUUGUGGGAGAUGACCUCACAGUCACCAACCCUAAGAGGAUUGCCCAGGCCGUUGAGAAGAAAGCCUGCAACUGCUUGCUGCUGAAGGUCAACCAGAUUGGCUCCGUGACCGAAUCCAUCCAGGCCUGCAAACUGGCUCAGUCUAACGGCUGGGGAGUGAUGGUGAGCCACCGCUCUGGGGAGACUGAGGACACAUUCAUUGCCGACCUCGUGGUGGGGCUCUGCACGGGACAGAUCAAGACUGGUGCCCCCUGCCGCUCAGAGCGUCUGGCCAAAUACAACCAGCUCAUGAGGAUUGAGGAGGCGCUCGGGGACAAGGCUGUCUUUGCUGGACGCAAGUUCCGUAACCCAAAGGCCAAGUGAGAAGCUGGAGGCCCCAAGACCCCACAGGACAGAUGUAGGCCUUCAAGCCCUUCUCCCUGAAAUAAACACUGGUGCCACUGGA